ACGCAGGGAAGUGACGUGUCCUCCGGAGACGCGGAAAGGCCAAGAUGGCGCCGGCGGGGCUGAAGGCGGUGGUCGGGGAAAAAAUUUUAACUGGAGUCAUCAAGAAUUUGAAGAAGGACGGCGAAUGGAAGGUGCUACUGGUGGAUCACCUGAGCAUGAGGAUCCUGUCUUCCUGCUGCAAGAUGUCAGACAUAAUGGCGGAAGGCAUAACCAUUGUCGAAGAUAUCAAUAAACGGAGGGAACCAAUUCCAAGUUUGGAAGCUAUUUACUUGAUCACGCCAUCAGAAAAGUCCGUGCGGGCCCUGAUUAAUGACUUCAAAGACACACCAACGUUUAUGUACAAAGCAGCUCACGUAUUCUUCACUGACACCUGCCCCGAGUCCUUGUUUACUGAGCUUGGAAAAUCACGAUGUACAAAAGUAAUCAAGACUCUCAAAGAAAUACAUGCAUCUUUUCUUCCUCUUGAAUCCCAAGUGUACUCGCUCGAUUCAAUGGAAUCAUUUCAUCACCUCUUCAACUCUCACGCGGCAAAUAGCAACAGCACCUUGCUGGAGAGUAUGGCUGAACAGAUAGCAACAUUGUGUGAGACUCUGAAGGAAUAUCCAGCUGUGAGAUAUAGAAAGGGCCCAGAUAUGAAUGCAGCCCUGGCAAAUCUAAUUCACGAUAAACUGAAUGCAUACAAAGCUGAUAAUCCCAGCAUGGGGGAAGGUCCUGAGAAGUCACGUUCACAACUAUUGAUUCUGGAUCGUGGUUAUGACUGUGUAUCCCCAAUACUACAUGAGCUCACACUCCAGGCAAUGGCCCACGACCUUCUGCCCAUUGAACAAGACAUAUAUUCGUAUGAUACUACAGGAGUGGCAGAGUCACGCGUGAAAGAAACUCUUCUCGACGAGGACGACGAGCUGUGGAUGAAGCUGCGCCACUUGCACAUUGCUGACGUCUCCAAGCAGGUGACAGAGUUAUUAAAGACAUUCUGUGAAAGCAAAAGGAUGACCACUGAUAAGGCAAAUCUGCGGGAUCUUUCUCAAAUGCUGAAGAAAAUGCCACAAUAUCAAAAGGAGCUCAGUAAAUACUCAACACACUUGCAUUUGGUUGAAGACUGUAUGAAGCAUUUCAAAGGCACAGUUGAGAAGAUGUGCAAAGUGGAGCAGGUCAGAUCACUGGGAGCACGUGCUAAUGUAGUUGUUAGUAAUGAUCCAAUGAAAAUAAUCGUGCCGAUUUUACUGGAUACAAGUAUCAAAUCCUAUGACAAGAUUAGAAUCAUCCUGUUGUAUAUCUUCCUCAAAUCAGGGAUCACAGAGGAGAACCUCACCAAACUUAUUCAGCACGCAAACAUCCAGGUUGACAGCAGCAUCAUCCAAAAUGUUCAGAACCUAGGCACUACCAUCAUCACUGGGGGUGGAUCACCCUCCAAGUCGAAACAAGACAGAAAACAUCGAACAGAGUCAACUUACCAACUCUCCAGGUGGACACCAGCCAUUAAAGACAUUAUGGAGGAUGCCACAGAAGAAAAGCUUUGCAAAAAGCAGUGGCCAUUUGUCUCGGACCCCACUCCAACGACAUCCACUCAGACAGCAGUGAGUGCCCGCUUUGGUCACUGGCACAAGAGCAAGACUCCAACAGAGUACAGAAGUGGACCCCGACUCAUUGUUUUUGUUAUCGGAGGCAUCACCAUGUCUGAGAUGCGCUGCGCCUAUGAAGUAACAAAAGCCACCGACAACAAAUGGGAGGUGUUGAUCGGUUCAACUCACAUCCUCACUCCAGAAAAAUUCCUGGACAGCCUGAAGAAUUUAGACAAUCCCUUGGAGGCACAAAGCUGAAACAACUUGGAUGUCACCGUCCCUUCAAAAGCUUAUAGUUUUCCGACUGUAAUUAAAUCCACAGACUCUAAAUCAUCUGUUGUAUGUUUAGCUCACGAGAGAUAGAUGUAAUUAUUUAUUUAUCCUUCAAUUGAAGUUUACAGUUGUAUCCUUUUGUAAUUGUCACGCCUGGGUGCCAUCAGUGCUAAUUUGCUUGCCAUUUUGGAAGCUUCCUAUGAGUUCCUCCUCUUCCACACCAUUUUGCUGCCUCCCAAAUAAAAAUGUCCCUCACCACUUGGAUGGUGAUUCAUUAAAUGUUCCCUGAGCCCACUGUUGGAAUAGUUAGUCUGUAUUUUCCAAUAAGUGGCAGGUUACCCUUUUGCUAAGUGCGAAGGUGUUACGGGUGUGUAGAUAAGUCGGGGAACUCCUGCCGUCGGUGCCUGGUCCGCACCGUCUGUGUCCUUGAGCUCUGGGUAACCUGUAGCUAGCUGGUGGUGAUAGAAAUCUUGUGGCUUCCUCCCUUCCCUGUGGUCAGCUCACCUGGCCCUUCCUUCCACCCAGACUUCACUCUGCCCUCCACAUCACAACCUACACGGUCCCCUCCUGCACCCAACCACACACCUUUGUCCGUGGAACUUUUAACCAGCAGAAGGAGUUGUCGGGGUGACUCACCCCAGGUUUAGAUAGAAAGGGGCGAGAAUAAGUUACAACGGUUGUCAUGAACCAGAAUCUACAGGUUGAAGAAUGAGGUGCACUGAUGCUAUCUGCUACCUUGUGAAACGCAACCAAAGCUAGCAAACAACUUGCCAUCUGGUGAGUUGCUUUACUUCUGUAACCAAUCUUUUCAUGUAUAAUUGCAGAGAGUGCCUCGACACCAAUGAAAUCCCUCUUGUAAAAUUUUUUACUGCACUUUUCAUUGUAAACUGGAAGCUGGGAUCAAAUCAUAAAAGAUGAUAUAUUUGUAUUGUGUUGCAUAAUCUUUACCAAGCCCCUCUGCUUGCAUAUGUGAACAGGCAUUAAACUUGUGUGUUUCAUUCUUUAGAUUCAGGUUCAGAUAAAGUUAACCCAAAUCCCUUUGAUUGGACUGUGUAGAAUACCAACUGUGCAGCCACCCCAUUGUUGCUUUAUAUAGGCAUACAUUAUAUAUGUUUGACAUUUAUUGAAGUAUAUUUUUUAAACCAAAUAAUGAAAAAUAGAAUUUAGGACAAAAAUAUGUUUAAGGAUCAGUGGGACAGAUGUUGAAUUUUAAAAUUACAAUUGCAAUAAGUACAUUUAAUCUGAAACCAAAAUAUAUAUUGCAGAUUAUACACGUUUCGUAUCAUAUUUUCCAUUGCCAGUAAUCUUACUUAAAUUCCUGUUGGAUGAUGUGCAAUUGAUGACACAUUGCUGAAUCAGGUUCCCUCUGACUAAUUCGGGAGCUGUGGCCUUAUUGCUUGCCCUCUCUAUUGUCCUGGCCGUCCAUGGUCAGUGGGACAACAUCUACUCAAGCUAUUAAACCCACUUGAAGGAAGCGGUCGAGGGCGAUUUGCACUCUGGGUUUUCCACAGGUAGUGCUCUCCUGUUUAUGCCCCCGCACCCACCCUCUGCUCCUGUGCCACGAGCACUGCCAAAACUAAAGGCUUAAUGUGGAAUCGUGGCCCAAACCUACAUCCGAUUACAGGCAGGUUGGCAUGGACCAGCGUCCCACAGGAUGCACAACAGGAGAUGAAUUGAUUUUCUAGAUUAUUUAACCUAGUGAAGCUCGUAUUCAAAGAUAUUUUCACGCCUAAACACUUAAUACCUCGAAGGUAAAUUAUUAAUGAAGUUCUCUUUAUUAACUGAGAGCUUUCUUCUAGCGAGUAUUUUAAAUGUGUUUUGUUUUUAUGUUUACUGGAGAAAUGUGACAAGAUUAUUUUCUUUACCCAUCCUCUAAGUUGAAUCCAGUUUUCUGAGCUGUGAGUCCAGCUACACCUAGCGAGCACAACAUUCCUUCUCUCAGUCGAGCGACCAGGUAUUGUCACAUUUCACACCAAAGGGGAUGUUGUAGGUUUUUCAGCCAAGGCCUAGUUUGUCAAUGUUUGCAAGAACUCCUGCCCUUCUGCAGCUCAAGGAGAUGAUUAGGAGAUUACUUGGAGCCUCUGCUCACGGUGAGGUCCGCCAAGCUGCAUGUGUUCACUUUCUGAAGCUUCAUUGCACUAACUAAAUGCAUUGCCGACCCACUCUGCACAAGUUCCACGUAAAUGGGAUUUUUUUCAAUGCAUUGGAUGUCUGUAAACUUUUUCUCCAAUAAUAUUAUGGAUUUAAUUUGUCCGUCUACAUUGAAAAUUUAUUUAAUGACAUGUAGAAAAUGUGGGUGGAUUCAUCUGGUUGUGGAUAACCUUGCAGUCCAGUUUAAACUAUUCAUGGGAUAGCUAGCUUGCCACUUUUCAAAAUGUUUGCCUUAAUCCACAUGUAUCCUGUUUAAUUACAAUGUAUGCCUGAAUUACAGAACUCUCCCAACACUCCGCUCUUUUAAUGGAAUGAUACUAAAAAUUGUUCCGAAUGUAUUGCAGCUUUGAAACGGUUUAGCAAUCUGCUCUCCAUUGGCACAUUUAAGAAGUUGACCCUGCAAAAAGCACUUGUGGGAAAGACAUUUGUAGUUCAAGGUGCAUUGGGUUGAAGUGAUAUUUUCUGGUUUCUGUUGGAAGGUGAUCCAUUCAUAGCCACAGGGCACAGGGCAUUAUCCAAGGUGCAUUGUGCUUUGUGUUCAGCUGUAUAUUUACUCUUGUGCAUACAGCUUGGCCUUUUGAAAGAUUGCAGUGAAUUCAUUGACUUGCCUGAAACCCGAAGCACUUUUCAAGCCGGGUUAUAUCAGUGUUGUAUUCCAACUUGUACUAUGCUUUCCUCACCUCCACCAAAGACCCAGAUCAAUCACUUGUCUUCAUUGGAACUUCUGAAUUUGGUCAGUACCUUCCUGGUUCCUUUAUGCUCUUCUCAACAUUAUGACUGUAUAUUGAGACAGAGUGCCGGAGUAACUCUGUGGGUCAGGCAGCAUUUCUGGACAACACAGAUAGAUGACAUUUCGUGUUGUGUCGUGAUCCUUCUUCAGUCACUUGUCCGUGUUCUCCAGAGAUACUGCCUGAUCUGCUGAGUUGCUCCAGCACUGUGUCUUGUUUUUAAACCAGAUCUGGGUAUCCUUCAGCAAUUAACAGGAGCUUCCCGUUCCUUCAGAAGGUGGUUGUGAGGGGAUUGAUGUGACUAUCUGCAGUCAGAUCGCAUGCCUUGAACUGGAAGGAGCAAUUUGAUUCAAUGUUCUGCCCUUGGACUCCACCGAGUAAUGUGCCUGUAGUCAACAAUCCAAUGGAUUUAUUUGCAGUGUGUACAUGAUUUAACUGGAUGGCAAUCAAUGUAAAUAUUUCUUCUUUAUUUUAGCGGUAAUAGCCAGAAUAUUUUUUGUAUGUACGUGCAUUUAACAAUGACUGUGCUACUCGCGUGGUGUGUGUUGUGUAUAAUCUGCAAAAGAUAUAAUAAACUUAUCCUUUUGUUAUUUAAUUG